CCUCCGACUUAUACAACAGCCUCUCACCUAACACCAGGCCACAGUUCCCUUAUCCCAACCAUCAUCAUCCACAUGCCUCCCACGGCCUAUUGACCGUACCUUGGAAUCCUCCGUCUCUGUUGACCAUGUCUUCAUCCUCUCGUUCCAGCGCCACAGAUGUGGAUAACAACAACAACAACAACAACAACAACAGCGAAAACCUAGCGCCGCAGCUCUCCGCUCUCUUCCUGAUACGGUUCGACAAGAAAGUCGGCUACACAAUCGCAUGGAAACGAACCGCGAGCGACAUCCCGCUGGACGGCGAAGUCGAGUUCAAGUCGCUCCCCUCGGGGCUCCACGGUGUCAAGUCUGACCUCGUGUACUUUGUGCAUGAGGGAUACGCGGGACUGAGCGCAUUCGCGAAUGGGGAAGCGGGGGAGGAAGACAGAAACGCACAGUUCGUGGCUGUAGGCAUCUUAGUGCCAUUGAGUUAUGGGAGGUUAGGAAGGAGUUGGCUGCAUGCGCGGAGGUUGAUGAAGAUUGCCAGUGCACUGGCAGAAGAUCCCAAAGCCACAGCGCCGCUCGAGGCGUUCUGGGAAGAACAAUCGAAACCGCGAUCCGAGAGCUCGACGCUCAAACCCGAACAAUUCAAGGGACAUAGCCGGACGCGAGCGCUAUCUAGGAUCACCGCGGUAAUACCUUCCGAGCAAUCGCUACCCCCAUUCCAUCCUGCUUUAUCAAUUGUAGAAUACAUCGAUAUUUUUGGACCGUUGGUUUUCCGGUUACAGCAGGCGGCGCUUUUGAGGAAGAGGAUAUUGUUUGUUGGCGCGCCUCCGGUUAGGAAUACUUGCGAAUUUGUCUACAAUCUUUCCGUUUUAGCGAGUAUACCCAAUUCUGCUGCCGAACUGCUUUCUCCCGGCACAGAAAGCCUUCUUCGUCUUCGCUCCCUUUUUUCCGUUGGCAUACACGAUAUACCCCUGUUAGAAAAGCUACGUUCGGCGUCGGAUAGCGAGGAGUUGAGUGAGGAUGGUCUUGCGGCUCACGGUUGGGUGGCGUGCACGACAGACGAGAUCAUGGUGCACAAGAAUCAAUUAUACGACAUUGUUGUUGAGAUACCGCCAACGUAUGAGGCUGCCCCACAGAGAAGACGAUGGCCGGUUGUGCGGACAUCAGAUGGAACGCAAAUCAAAGCCAGUCAACGCGACGUUUGGAGAUAUAAACUACUACAUCACGAAUUGUGGAAAUACCGAAAUGGUUCUGGACAAGCCAAUGGGGAUGCAGCUUCGGACGAUGACCAAGCGGCGCUGCUCGGAAAUAAGGUCACCGAGGCCUCUGAAGAAGAUUACAACGAGGCAUAUGACGAGACGGUAGUCGAACCCAUGGGCUGGUCUCGAUUUGCCUACCUGGGGUUCAUGUGGUGGGCAUCGGCAGGCGAGAGCGAUGCAUAUACAACGAGGGAACGGGAGCGGGACAGGGAGCUGUUAGGUGACCUCUCGGACUUCCAAGACGGUUUGCAUACAGCAAUCAUUGCGUACUUCCACCGUUCGACGUCGUCGUUGAUAACCAGGCUAGCGGAGGUGAUCGAGCUGGUGGACGAUGAAGAUGAGGACCAAGAUUCGUUGGUGCUGGGCAAAGACGACAUCAGCCGGAUUGGAUUGGAUACCUGGAGCGAAGGUGACAAGGCAUUUGUGCAGGAGUUCUUAUUGAUGUAUUUUGGCCGGCGAGCAGAGGUUCAUGGUGCGAAUUUGGAGUGUUGUGGAGUGCGGGUACCUGUGUUCUGAUCUUGACAAGCAAAAGCUAUUGGGAGACGACCAUACAAGUGCGAUAAUCUGACAUGAUAUUUUGAUUGAAGCGACCAACUACGAGUACAAACAUUGUCUACAAUACCAACAAUUGGGCACGAGUAAACGAG